CUUGUCCGGCUAAACCGAGGGAUUAUGGUCGGCAGAGGACAGUCUGUGUAUGUGACAAAUAGGGACCUACAAUUCAAUGUCCCUGAAAACCAGGAUCCCUGCAAAGUGGAAGUGGUGUUAAACGAACCUGCUACGCAGCAAGUCGGCAAGUUAAAACCUCAGGUGUUUGACUGCCAUUUCUUCCCCGAAGAAGUCAAAUAUACUCACAAUGGCUGCCCCAUCCUGGAGGAGGAUAAUGUGAUGAUGAGGAUCUACAGAUUCACAGAGACCGAGACCUUGAUGGAGACCUUCCUGCUGAAGGUGAGGGUCAGCGAACCCGAGGCCGGCCUGGUUUGCUUCGGGACGGUUGCCUUGGAGGUGCCAGAGUUUUACGGCGUCUCGAACCCCAUCGACAAAGAAGUUGUAUCAUUCAGGUACAAUGCGGAACGAUCAGGGACAGUCUGCACAGUCAGGAUCUUACCUCCUGAGGCUCUGGUUCCAGCUCAUGGCCAGAUCAUCACUGAUGUUCCUCAGUAUCCAAGAGGACGGUCACUAGAUGCAGGAAUCAACAAUGAUCAGAGGACAGUCAGACAGACUGGGCUUCUGUGUGCCGGGAACAAGGCUUGCCCAGCUGGGGCUAAGGAGGUGCGUUUCCUGAAGGCUGACUGUGAGCAUUUCCUAACGAUGGGGCUGAAAUAUCAACACCUCAGCCCACCUUCUCCUGAUGUCGACUACAUUCCCAUUACUGUGGAGAUCAGAGACGAAAAGAGUAGAUUACAGCUGCAGGUGGAAAACGCUUGGAUUCCUGUUAAGAUUAAAGGCGGAAUUCCAAACCAGCGACCAAAAGCUGCCUUCAUGUCAAUGUUCAUCCUCGAGCUUGACCAGUUCAUCCUCACGCCGCUCAGCACGGCAGCCCUGGACGCAACCGACGAUGAGUCCCCAAAGCACCGGCUGUUCUUCAAGAUCACCAAACCUCCAGAGGAAGGUUACAUCACCCACUUGGAGGACCACACCAAGCCCAUCACCUCAUUCACCUGGCAGGACCUGCAUGAGAUGAAGAUAGCGUACCAGCCACCGAACAUCAGCCACACUGAAAGAAGGAACUACGAGGUUGAUUUUAAGGCAGUCGAUGUAUUUUUCCUGGACAGCGCUCCCAUCAUGGUCCAUUUUUCAAUCAGAACAGCCGAAACAAAUGCUCCCAGGGUUUCCUGGAAUAUGGGCCUGGACUUGUUGGAAGGUCAAUCUCGAUCAAUCACCUGGGAGAACCUGCAGAUAGUGGACAAUGAUAACAUCAACGCUGUCCGUCUGGUAACAGUGGAAGGUCUUCAGCACGGGAGGCUCACUGUUCGAGAUGGCAAAGGCUUUCUCUUCACCGUGCGAGACAUCAAGGACGGGGUCGUGCGCUAUCACCACGACGACAGUGACACCACCAAGGACUACAUUGUUUUCAGAAUCUCCGACGGGAAACACGUGGCUCGACACAAGUUCCCAGUCAACAUCCUGCCCAAGGACGACAGCCCUCCCUUCCUGAUCAACAACCUGGCCCUCCAGCUCGCAGAGGGGGAGCUCCUGCCCAUAGAGGACCACAUGCUCCUUGCCUCCGACUUUGACUCCAGCGACGAUUAUAUUCUGUACCGCAUCACACACCCACCCAAAGCCGGGGAUAUAGUGAAGAAGACAGUCUCUGAUCUGCCAGGCCUUCCAGUGACCAGCUUCCUGCAGCGGGAUCUUAUCCACGGAUUGAUUUAUUACCGGCAUUCUGGAGGCGAGAUCUUUGAGGAUUCAGUAGUAUUCGUUCUGUCUGACAGCCAGGAGCCUCCUAAUCUCUCCGAUCCUCAGACGAUGAUGGUUCAUGUGACCCCCGUGAAGGACCAGUUGCCGAAGGAGGUUAUCGGGACCACCCGCUCGCUGGUGGUGAAAGAGACAGAGAUUGGUUACAUCACCGAGGAUCACCUGCACUUCACAGACACCGAGUCCCCAGAGAAUGAGCUGAUGUACAUUGUCACAAAAUCCUGCUUCUUCCCAUUCAACCGAAAAAGGUACGACGCAGGGAAGAUAUUUUUCACAGGCAGUGUAAAGAACACGAAGAAAGACCCCUCUAUCCCAAUGUUGAAAUCGUUCACACAGCACGCGGUCAGACACAUGAAGGUGGCCUACAUGCCCCCGCAGGGAGACCUGGGCCCUGCUCCGCUGCUGGUGCAGUUUGUGUUCUCCGUCACAGAUCAGCAGGGAGGCACAGUGACCGGCCUUGUCUUUAACAUUACCAUCAUGCCUGUGGAUGAUCAGCCGCCAGAGAUUUUCACCAACCAAAUCAAAGCGGAGGAGGGCUCGGGGUGCCUCAUCACCCAGGCAAACCUGAUGGUGACGGACAGAGACACCCAGGACGAGGACCUUCGUAUUCAGCUGCAGCGCAGACCUGAGCAUGGAGAGGUCCAGGUGCUGGGCAACGUGAUGUGGGAGGGCGACAUGUUCACACUCCAGGACCUCAGAUCCUUUCAAGUCCGGUACCAACAUGACGAUUCGGAGACCUUGUCAGAUUCAAUGGUAUUCACAGCCACAGAUGGCUUUAACACUGCAGAUGGAGUGCUAACAGUAAAGAUUAUACCGAUCAACGAUGAGCCCCCAGAGUUGGGGCCAAGGCUGAAGUCCGCACUGCGCUGCCCCGAAGGGGAAAAGGUCACCAUAACCACCGAGUACCUGCACGCAACCGACAUGGACAGCGACGACAUGAGGCUGAACUACAUGAUUGCCCGAGCACCAUCGUACGGGGCCGUGCAAAGAGGGGGCGUCACUGUGGACAAGUUCUCACAGCUGGACAUCAGCCGAGGCUUGAUUUCCUACUGGCACACAGGAGGUGAAAUAGGUUACAGUUCCCUUGUGGAUACAGUGACGGUCAUUGUCUCAGACGGUGAGGCGGGCACUGUGGACAGCUGCUGUUACGAAGGACCACUUCCGCCACCGAUUCCGCUCCAUGGCUCUCUCCCCGUCUACGACCUUAACAUCACGAUUCUGCCCGUCAACAAUCAACCUCCGGCCGUUCAUGUUGGAGAAAUGUUUGUAGUGGAUGAGGGCGGGAAGGCCAGCCUGUCAGAGAGGUAUCUGAGCGCCACGGACAAGGACACCAGACCAGAGGAGCUGACCUUUGAUCUGCAGAGCCUGCCACAGUUUGGGUACCUGGAGAACACUCUCCCGUCUCCCGGGUAUGAGAAAAGCAACGCUGGAAUCAACAUAGUGUUGUUCAGUCUGCAGCAUCUCAAGGCGGGCUCCAUCAACUACGUCCAGGCUAGACAUGAGCAGAUGGAGCCGACAGCUGACCACUUCCUAGUAUCUGUCAGUGACGGGAUGCAGGAAUCCAGGGCCAUCCCGUUUUACAUCAUCAUUAACCCAUCCAACGACGAAGCCCCCGUCCUGCAAGUGGGGAACAUCACGGUAAUGGAGGGUGACAUGUGCCAAAUCGGACCCGGAACAUUGAGCUCUGCGGAUCUGGACUCUCCUCCCGAUAACCUGGGGUUCUCCGUGGUUAGGCCACCCGUCCACGGGAAGCUUCUGAACGCACUCUACGGCGAGGAGGUGGUCAGAUACAGACAGAGGAGCGGUGAUCUUCUGCACCGUGUGCUGACAGUCAACAGCUUCAGUGGGGAAGAGAUCAAGCGAGGAUUGAGGCUCGCGUAUGUGCAUGACGGCUCGGAGACCCUCAGAGAUAGCUUGACCUUGCAGCUGACCGACGGCAAGCAUGUGGUGUGGGGGACAUUACACAUCAACGUAACGCCCGUCAAUGACGAGAUGCCAGUGGUUUUAAAGAACACUGGCUUGGAGGUAGAUGUGGGAGAGAAUAAGGUGAUCUCUAGCGUGGCUUUGGAGGCUGAAGAUAGGGACACGCCACGACACAAGCUUCACUACAUCAUCAACAGCAUCCCGAAGUUUGGCCAGCUGCAGCUAAAGACUCAGUGGCAGUGGAUGGUUGUGUAUCCGGGGAUGAACUUCACUCAGGAUGACGUGGACAUGAACCUGGUCUGGUAUCUGCACACCACCAUCGUGGGGUCAAAAGGCCACGACAGCUUUCGCUUUUACGUGACGGACGGCGAGAACUCGUCCCCUCCGGAGAACUUUUACAUCUCGAUAAAGGAAAUGGAGAAAGGUGACAUUGUUGUGUUGGCCAAACCUGUAACUUUAACAGAAGGUGACAGGGUCACCUUGACGACAGAUGUUCUCCUGGCAACAGAUGGCACUGGCAAACCCGAGGAGCUGCUGUUUGCCAUCUCUGUGCCACCUGCGCAUGGUCAGAUCCAGUACAUCAAUUACCCCGGCUUGGCUGUUUCCAGCUUCAGCCAGUUGGAUGUGGCAGCCCAGAAGGUCUGCUAUGUGCAUGACAACAGUCAUGAGGGCAGCCAGGACAGCUUCAGGUUUCUGGUCAGUAAUGGAUUAACAGUCACAAAUGGUUCCCUGCAGUUCAUCAUUGAGCAAACAGACCACCUCCCACCAGUGCUGAUCAGCAACAAAGGCCUUCAGGUGCCAGAAGGAGCCACCAUGAUAAUCUCCCCCGAUACCCUGCGGCUCACAGACCCCGACACGUCCUCCGCCAACCUCACCUUCACCAUCACCCGCCCCCCCCACCACGGCACACUGCGCCUGGAAGGCAGAGUUCGCUCCCCGGAACGUUUCACUCAGCUGCAAGUCAGUAAUCUGGAUGUCUCCUACAAGCACGAUGGUCAAGCCUCCGGGCUCGACAGCUUUGCCUUCGUAGCCUCUGAUGGCACCAACCGGGGCUUUAUGGUCAACGGGCAACUGAGAGAAGAGCCUGUGACAUUCACCAUUCAGGUUGAACACACUGACAAAGCCUCUCCCAGGAUUCUUACUAAUGAAAGUCCGACCGUAAUUGAUACGUUGAGAGACGGUCGCUUCGGAAUCUACAUUACAGCCCGAAACCUGAAAGCCUCUGAUGUCGACAGCGAUGACGAGGAACUAAUCUUCACUGUUCUACGUCCACCUAACUUUGGAUACUUAGAAAACGUAAACACAGGCGGGUAUAUUCGAGGGACGUUUACUCAGAGUGACAUUGACAGGCGCAGAAUCCGCUAUAUCGUAAACUCUUCCAUUGAAGUCAUAUCUGACAGCUACGAGUUCAAAAUAUCCGACCCAGCUGGCAAUUCUAUUGUACCACAAGUAAUGGAGCUGAAAUGGUCAAGAAUCGAAAUGGCUGAAACCUUGUACAGAGUUUGUGAAGACACAGGAACUCUCUCCAUUAAAGUUACCAGGAAAGGAUACAGCUCUGACCCAUCUUACAUUAGUAUACAGGUCCAGGAGUUAUCAGCUAUAGUUGACAGAGAUUUCACUCACAGUUCGGCCAGCUUGAUUCAGUUUGAUCCGGGCGUCUCCACGAAGGUUUGGAAUGUUUUUAUCAAGGAUGAUGGACUGGAAGAGAACAAUGAAAAGUUUGAAGUGAGGCUGAGGACUCCUAUCAACGCCAUCCUUGGCCAGAACGACAUUUCUUUGGUGGAAAUCGUGGACUUACGUGGAGUAGGUGGUUGUGCUCUGAUACAUCCAAGGAUGAGUGAAGAGGACGAGACACAUGAUGGUUUUGAAGGAGCUCCACAUUCAAACUCCAGGUCUCCUCCUGACAGCCGAGGAAAAGUAUUCAGGCAGAGGGGAAGAGCGGGCAUGGAGUCGGAGCCGGAUUGGGAUUCCUUCCCUUCUCCUCCUCGAGGCGAUGUCCCUCAGACUGAUCAAUUAUGCGAUCUUCAAGCCCUGACCAGAGAAGAAGCCUCUCCAAUUGUCCCCAGGAGACAGAUUCAUUCCAUUGAAAGUGGCAGAACGUCCCGCGAGAUGGUGUCAGUGAGGAUCGAGGAGAGAUCAGUCCCUGGCAGUAACUGGCGGUGGCCUCUGUUUCCAUUCCCUCUGGGCAGCAGACAGGAGCUGCCUCAACAAGAUGCUUCCAUUCCCCUUGAAAAAGCUCAUUCACACGACAGCAAUGAUAAGCAGAGCCACAAAGCCAAGUGCCCCAUGGGCUGGACACAGAAUGAGAAGCACUGCUACCUGCUGAACUCAUGGAGAAACGGCACCUGGGAGGGAGGCCAAACCGCCUGCAGCCACAUGUUCCAUGGUAACCUAGUCAGCGUCCAUUCUAAGAAGGAGAUGAAAUGGUUCUCGAGAUUUGCCCAAAAGCAGCCAAUCUGGAUUGGUCUCAGGGCGGAGGUUGGAUCAGGGAGAUGGGAGUGGACCAAUGGAAGACCCGUCACCUUUACAAACUGGAAGAAACCAAAGAUGUGGUCAAUGGGGGGAGACGUCCAGUCAAAGUGCGCUCUUGCCCAGGGAAAGGGCAAGUGGGUGGUACGUCCUUGCAGUGACCAUCAGGUUGGAGGAUACAUCUGUUCCAUUUCUCUAGUGUGAGCAGGAACAGGCCAGAACUCGUGUAAAUAAGGCAGGCACAUCGUGGCUUUGUCUUAAGCUAUUAGGCAGAGCUACUCUGAAAGGCAAUUUUCACAAUUACCAAUUAUUUCAGAGUCCCAAAGAUGACCGUAAUGGAAGCCAAUAUUCUCGGUCACAUCUGCACAGGACUCCUUGCCAAGACCUCUAACUUAGGUCAUCAUUGCUAGGCUGUUCCUGUCAUUAAAAGAGCUGUUUAUAAAAGAAUUUCAUAAAUCCCUAUCGCCUCUUA